AAUCAUAGAGCUGAGCGCACAUAUUCUGUUCUCUGAUUGGUCGGGUGCCCUGACAUCGUUCAUCACGUUUCCCAAACAGGAAGUAAAAUUAACAACAUGUUCAAUCAGUCACGUCCCAAAGACACUUUAAAAAAAGUCCUUGGCGUUCAUUGUUCGUUAUAAUCAUCAGGUUGUGAUGUGAUGUCUGCCAGCGGUUCUUGUGUGCUGCGUGAAGUGACUCUCUGCUCGCCAGUGGGGGAAAUCCUGCUGAGCGGCUGCGAGAAAGGAGUUCAUACCAUUAAUAUCAAACUGGGAACAGACAAGGACGAGAGUGUACACCCUGUUGGUCGGUCAGAAAUGAGUCCUGAGUUACAGCACUGUGUUGACUGGCUUCAGUGCUACUUCAUGAAACCCGAGUCCGUCAGUGCACUUCCUUUGCCUACUUUACACAAUCCGCUAAUGCAGAGUGACUCUUUUAAAGCACAUGUGCUGUGGACUCUAUUUAAGGAAGUGGGACUUGGUAAAACGGUCUCCUACAAGCAGCUUGCUGAAAUGAUCGGGAAUCCAAAAGCUGUGCGAGCUGUGGGUUCAGCCAUGAAGAAUAACCCGAUUCCCCUGAUCGUGCCAUGCCACCGGGUGCUGCGUAGUUCAGGGGACAGUGGCUCAUAUAUGGGAGGAAAGGGAGAUGAUAUUAAAGUCUGGCUGCUCACUCAUGAAAAAAAAAGCAUUGGUGCUCAAUGCAUCAAAGAGUGAAAAAUCUAUCUGAUGGACGCCAAAACCACUUCACACUGCUUCU